GCCACUUACUUCACUAAACUUGUCAAUUUGUUAAUAUUCUUGAGCUGUCAAUUUAGGUGUGAUUGGAGAGGAUACUUUUAGGUUAUAAUUUUUCGAAUUCGAAUUGAUAAAUUGAUAUCGCUAGCAGACUGGUCGUAUUUUUUGCUUUAGUGUCCCGAAGUCCCGAACAUCAACGUGUUUAAGGAUGUCGGUCGCGACUAUGUUACGGCGCUCUAUUAUUAACGGCACAGUGUAUUCAGCUGCUGCUCUGCGUUAUGCCUCAAGUCAACAGGAAAAGAAGGUUUUCUUUGAUAUCACUGCGGACGGCGAGCCUCUUGGCCGAAUUGUGAUAAAACUUCAUACUGAAGACGUGCCGAAAACGGCAGAAAACUUUAGAGCACUUUGCACAGGAGAAAAGGGAUUCGGCUAUAAAGGUUCUUCGUUUCACAGAAUUAUUCCCAGUUUUAUGUGCCAGGGCGGCGAUUUUACUAACCAUAAUGGUACUGGUGGCAAAUCCAUUUACGGGCGCACCUUCAAGGAUGAGAAUUUCAAGCUGAAGCACACCGGCCCCGGAAUCCUGUCCAUGGCUAACGCUGGCCCCGAUACUAAUGGUUCUCAGUUCUUUAUCACAACUGCCGCCACUCCCUGGCUGGACCGCAGGCAUGUUGUUUUUGGUGCUGUAGUUGAGGGGAUGGAUACUGUGCAAAAGAUGGAAAAGUUGGGUUCCAAGGGUGGGCAAGUAUCCAAGAAAGUUGUUGUCAAAGAAUGUGGAGAGAAGGAAGAAGAGAUUGCUGUGGAGAAGGCUCAGUGAUCUGUCAAGUCUUCUAAGAAUUUAAAUUAAACAAGAUAUUAAAAUAAGUAUGCAAUUUUAUUAUUCUCUAAAUGCAACAAAUUA